AUGCCCUCUAUAAGCCUUCCUCCCGAGCAUUUUCCCUUCUUCAAAACCUCUCGUGGGAUACACUCCGCCCCCGGUCCCCAUUCAGAGUCCACGCGUUUUGGUUCCUCGCCAGGCUCGUUUCACGAACAUCGUCUCAUGACUGCGCAUCCAGCUGUAACCAGCACAAUCAGUCCGAACAUCUCUUCCGACCAUGUCGCCGUGCCGUUGCCUAAUAGGAGAGCUGCAUCAAAGACUCCUAGUCCCACCCUCAUCGCUCCUCUUGCAUUACCCUCGGCAAAAGCUCUCGGCAAACGCAAACGUAGAGAAGCGGAUGCACGGGACAAUGAGAAGAGCGGCUCUCCUUCUAAAAUGUCGAGGUCGAGCGCUUGGCGCAAACACGCUGGACGCUAUGUCCUUACGCCAGUCCUUGGGCCUGCGCGGGAACUCGACGAGACACCCACAGCGCCUGUCGGCAUUUCUGACUACGACGCGUCGAGUGAGGGGUCGUCACAACGAUCUUCGGUUUCACCGCCUCCAAAGGCUACAGAAUCGCCGUCUGUACUGGCCAUGGCAUCGCGAUCUGGCCCUUUCAAGUUUGUCGGACGAAGGCCGCCGGUCUGCUCACCUGCAGCUUCUUAUACGAAUCUAUCCUAUCGACCCUUCUCUCCGGACACGCCGCCGCCAGAGCCGUUGAAGACCCGUAUCCCUCGACGUCAUCCACGCCAGUCUAUCUCACCACGCGCGUCGACGUCCAUCUUCUCUCCCAGAACACGCCGACUGUCGUAUGUACCGUUGGCUUUGACGGGAUCACCACAAUCUCUACCUGAGCCCGGGACACGAGUCACCGUCCUUCCCGCUUUAUCCGUCAGAGUACGCAAUAUCGAUCUGCCUCUAGGUGCAUUGCCUAGUACCCCUUCCGGACGUCCUCGUCUGUUUGGCACUGCAUCCCCUGUGUCCCGACUACCACGAAGAUCUCGCAUACUCCCUGCUGGUACAGCGGAGCCAUGUUCAAGCUUGGGCUCGGGCACGAUCAUCUUCUUCAACGAGAUAAACGAAAUCCGGGCUUAUCGGGUCGCACCGGACAUACACUCGUACGCGGAGAAGUUGGUGCGAACCCGACCCAUGCCUCCAUCGCCGGGAAACUAUACACCCAUACUACAAUUAAAACAGCUUCCCCACGAGCCUGUGCGCUGUAUCACACCUGAACCAGCUCCAUGUGCGACGCCCGAGCCUCUGGAUAUCUUUCCCGAACGCUACUCCCCACACCCCUCGGUUUCGGGGGAUUCAGCCGUCACAUUAUGCACAUACAGCCCCCAGCUCUCCACGUCCAUUACGCUUGUUAACGACUCGGACGACGCAACAUUUUGA